AUGCCCGAUGUGGAAAACCAACAGGAAGAUAUAAAUUUAACUCGUACAAAUAUUGAAGGUAACUGAUAUUUAAUUUUCAUUUACAUGCGUUAACCAAUAAUUUAAAAAUUAAGAGUUACAUCAAAUUAGUAUAGUCCAUAAUCCAUGUACUCAGGGCUUCCCAGGGCUGCCAAUCAUCCUCAUUACUGUCGUCCUCGAUCUGGGGACGAGGGUGCGGUGCCAAUAGGCUUCGCAGGGCCUGGGGCAAACUUUCCGGAGGCCCCUAUAACGUCAUAAUUAUAAAACAAGAGAGUGUUUUACAAUAAUAUUACUGGCACUGACGCAACUAUAUGAUUUAUUUUAUAGGUUAAGCAAUUUUGUAUCAAGAAAUUUUAACGGCCUUUGUCCUUGUUGAGCUAGGUCUCUCAGGACAAAAUUAACCCUUCUAUAAAUAUUAUCCACCCACUCUCAGCAGCCCUAAUAUGUUAUAUAAUUAUAGAAUCUCAAGAAAAUGUAGACCACCCAGGCACCUCAGAUUUUGCCAGUCAAACCAGUCCAGACCUUACCAGCAACACGCCCAGGAAAAAGAAAAUAAGGCGGGCAUAUAAAUACAAAAAAGACCAGGUGCAAAAAUUGAGGAAAAAACUGAGUUUUAAAAAGAAAUCAAAAAAAGAGAAAACGUUAGAAGAAGCCCUGGCAAAGCUACCUGACCACAUGGCAAACUUUAUUAGAGAACAAAUAAAACUCCACUCCAAGAAAAAUCAUGGGAGACGAUACUCGGCAGAGAUGAAGACGAUAGCGCUGUCAUUGUACCAUGCUAGUGGCAAAGCAUACAGAGUACUUUCCAAAAUAUUCAUUUUACCAACAAAGUCAUCGCUCAAACGGUACAUCUCAAAAAUUCCAACUAAAGCUG